AUGUCAUCAGAAACACAGCCAACACCGGCCGACGACACCGCUGCUCUCGUCACUGUUCAGGGCGUUGAAGGGGAAGCACUCCCAACCACCACCAGCACCAGCACCAACGCCACUAUGAACACGACUCAUACGACUACUACUGCUGCUGCUGCUGCGGCGGAAAUGACUAUUAUCCCAGCUGUUAGUACCGGAACAACAACAACAACAACAACAAAGGCAACAACAGAAGCCACAAUUCCUCCUCCUAGUACGACUGGUACCGGCCCUACGACCGAACAGGAGGUUGCUACUGCUACGGUUGUUGGCGCAGCUCACAGUACGGGCGAUAAUGUAGGAGAACCGGUUUCUGCAUUAUCCACUGCCCAGAUUGCUCUGGCUUUGGAGCAGGUGCCGAAAAAGUCCGAUGCAUGUGCUGAGGACAUGAGCGGGGCCCAUGAGUUGGCCAGUAAGGCAACUUUAAACGAGAGGGUUAUGGAUGGAGCAACGCCCAAGGUACCAUCUGCGGAGCAGAAGCUCGAUACCAAGUCGAAGUCGUCCUCUUUGACUGGGAAGAACAGAAGGAAAAAGUCACCCCCUGGUGCCCAGAAAUCUAAUUACAGGCAGCCAAACACCCCCGCCAUGGCGGAGAUGAGAGGGAGCAGCACAAGGACGCCAUUGCAUCAACCAUUACAGCCGCCACCUAUGUAUCAGGCGCCAAUUGUGGUGUCGUCACUGAUGCCAUCGGCACUGCCUCCCCCUCCGCCACCACCGCCCCAGGGAGCAUUUUAUCUCGCACCACAUGGUAUGCCACCACCACCACCACCACCACCACCGCCACCCCCUAUCAUUUCAUCUUUUUUUUCAGGACUUGGAGCACUUCAAUCCACAUCGCCACCACCACCGCCACCGCCGUCAUUCAUGCCAGCUCAGUGUGGACGAAUACCGUUCGGUACUCCAGUGGGAAUUCCCAUGCAAGCAAUGCUGAUGACAAAAGGUCCUGAUCCGGCCUUGCUAUCCACAUUGUUUACCAACGGCACAAUUCCGCCACCGCCGCCGCCGCCACCAUCACCACCACCACCACCACCACCACCGCCUUCAUCCUUUGCGGCUUCAUUGGUGGCAUCCUUGCAACAACAGAAACAACAGUAUCAGCCUCAACAGCAAAAUCAGUCGGGAAGGCCUCUACCGAUGCCAAAAAAUACGCGAGUAAGUGUCGGUAAUGCCACUUUAGCAGCUUUGGUAUCAAAGGAGCCGCCAAAGUUUUCAUGUGUGUUGCUUUCCGGCGUUCCUGCCGUUGGGAAGACUAAAAUGGGACGAGAACUAGUCAAUGAACUCAGGAGGGAUGGCCUUGGGUGGAUCUUCUUUUCUGGUGCCGAUUUUCUUGCAGGGACAACAGCAAAACGACCUGUAUGGGAGACUACAAAGGAGAUUUUCGAUGCUCUGCAGAAACGUCUGGACGAACUUCUUGAGCAACAGCGUAAAGAACGCAAUGUUAAGGGACUUGUUAUUGACAAAAAUGUGAAGGGUAUUGAGGAUGUGUACUACCUUGCCUCACUGCUGAAGGCGAAGCAGAUUCCAUUUGUUGGCAUUGUGGGAAUGGAGGUGAACGACGACGGUGUGCUUUUGAAGCGUAUGAAUGGUGGUGAAGAAAUGCGGGAAAAAAUUAAGUACCAUCGUGUUAUCCAUGCUAGAGUUCGUGCUCUUGCAAAGGCUGCAGGAAUGUACCGCGGGAUUGACGCAGCGAAAUCGAAGGAGGAGGUUUUAAAUGCAUUGUGCACAAUGGUACUUGGUUGCUGUGCACAGCCCCCACAGCGUGGGAUACGGACAGACCUGUAUGUUAGCUCGGCGGCGGCGACAAUGGUGGACGAUCAUGUGGAGUACUGUGAUGUUGUCACACGCCUUCUUGAGCUUGUAAAACCUCCAAAGGGAGUUGUACAUUAUCCUGGCACGACGGAUUAUACCCCUUUUUCAACCCGGGAGAUGUCUGACAAGAAUCGAGUCUCCGCGAUCAAGGCCUACUACGGUGUGCGGCGUCUGAACGAUGGCACUCGUCACAUGCUGAUGUAUCACGAUGCAAAAUUAUACCUCAUCCCCACACACCUCAAAGCCGUGUUGCGGAUACCCGAGAAGGCGUGGCUGGGGACGAAGCUUGACUCCAUUGGGUGCUUUGUGCUGGAGGGCGACUUGGUGCGGCUUCCAAAGGAGCGUAAUUGUGAGAAAUUUCUUGUUUUUGAUGUCUUCUUCUGGAGUAACGCGGGGAAGCCGGAGGAGAAUAAAGUGGGGCCGAUGAAUUGGGCCGAUCGUCAGGCAUUCCUCGCCACACACAUGUGCGCGGAGAGUAAGGCAUUCUUCUCCACGGGAUCCGAGUGUGUCGUGGUCCAUCAGGCGACAUUGAAGUUGGAGGAAAUUUUUGACCUGUUGAAUUCUGCCGAGAACACAUCAGAGGGCAUUCUUUUUCAGCCCAUCAACCCUGCGCAUGGCUACGACAAAUUGUACGUCUGGCGCCCGCCAUCGAAUAUAACUGUGGAUUUCCGCAUUGGCACAUUACGAAGUUCCAAAACCGACACGUAUUUAUUGGAGAGUGAUGCAAAGGAGGCAGCGACGGCAACAAAGGCAGCGCCGGUGGAGGAGGCUGCGGCAACAAAUGAUGUUGACAACAGCUCUUUUUCCCACACCGCGCAGCAGUCAAAUUUGCAGCCGCUACCAGCUGAUUUGAAUCAGGCGGCGAGCACACUUUCAGCAUCUCAAUGCACGAGCAGUACGGUUGGGGCCGGUCGAGGUGCCCAUUCCGAGGGCCACAUCACGCGCACGUUUGAGCUGGAGGUGUAUGAUAAGUACGAGAAGGAAUACACACAGUUCGAGGACUGUACAGUUGAGGUGAAACACUCGGAUGUGGUGGAAGGUUGUAUCUGCACCUGCGUCCUUUCUGAUGAGAAGGAGUGCACUUGGAAAUUUCAGCGGAUCCGCUACGAUGUGCUUCGUCCUGCAUAUAAGCGGGAUGUGACGUUCUUGCUCGAGCAUUGUAUUAUCCCCAAAGCGAAGUUACUGCAAUGGCUGACUCACGAGAAGAUCGUUCCCCCGACGACGAAUGAAACGUCGGCAAUGCGGUCCCUGGCGACACUGCUUCCAUCACCGGGAUCGACUCCGUCAAAGUCCCCGACGCUUCAUUCAGCGUCGUUGCCCACGUACGCCACUGCUCUCAUGAUGCAGCAAAGUAAUGCCCAAUCGCAUGCGCCAAUGCGGAUGUCAGCACCUUCGGCAGAUAGUGUUUCGUAUCAGGAGUUGUUGGUGCCAGGUUCCCUCACACGAGGCUCACAAUUGCAUGGGGUUUCUUCGCAACCGCACUCCAAAGUUCUCUCGAAUGUGCACAGCUCGCUGCAUGCAUUGGCGGAGUCCAAGAUGGAGAAACCGAAACACGGCAAUACGGCCCCUGACUCAAGUGCUCUCUCACCACUGCAGCUGUUAACGACGAUGGUCUCAUCGGUGCAUAUUGUGCGCACGGAGGAUCUCGAGGAGAAACACAAAAACGUCUCAACUGCGAAUCCGCGCAGAAACCACAACCAGCAGGAUCAAAGACAUCCUCCGACGCGUGAUCGCGAUCGUCGAGAGCCAAAUACUGCCAAUGAGAGGGACGGAAACGAUAAACGAGGCAACAACCGGGCGUCACGCCAAGAAAAAACACAUGGCGGCAAAAAAUUGAUGCCCGUUCCAGAUGCAUGCACUCAGUGCCUGAAGAAGAAACAAGCGGAGGAUCUCCGCCUUGACAGGGAGGACAAUAAAUAUUACUGCUACAGUUGUUGGGCCAAACUGGGCUGGGAGUUCUGUCGUGAAUGCGGGGAAUUUAAUAAGGGCUACCGGGAGCGCACCCGUCGCCGCACAGGUGAGUUCUACUGCAUCAAUUGCCGGUCCAACUUCAACAAGGGGAAGGAGGAGGAAGAAGAAGAAGCAAAGAACAAGGAUGACCAAGCUACCACGAGUCGUAAUGAGCAAAAGAAGCAGAAACAGCAGAAGCAGAAGCAGUCGGGAAGGAACAGUGCAGCCACAGAGGAUACGGUCGAGAAGACGACGAAAAAAGGAGCUACCGAGCGCAAGGGCACGAAGAAUUCACAACGCGAUGGAGUGAAACUGAACACUGCCUCUGCAGAGGGGGAGGAGGAUAAUGUGAACGCGAAUUCACUAAACAACGUCAAGCAUUUGGAUGCCGAAAAUGUGAGCCAAGCCAAGAAGAAGAAAAAGAAAAAAAGUAAAAAGAAAUCCGCGGGAGCAGGGACCUUGUGUGAAGUGAGUGAAAGGGAGACUGAGUGUGCAUUGCAGUGUACACAGGAGCCUGCCAGCUCUAAAAAAGUGGAUGUGGCUGCGGAGUGA